AUGCACAACAGACCCCCUACCCCGUCGGGAGAUAUCGAGCCACUCACUACAAUAGCCCACCGCGCCUCUGAUAACCGUUCCAUCUACCAGAACGAAUUAACAACUGCGAGCUUUCGUUUGGAUCGCCCCAAUGAGGAAAUCAAAUAUACACCGGGCUUUUGGUCUUCCGGGGGCAGCACAGCAGUGUCUAUCUCUGGCAACCAGACAGAAGACAACACGGCGUGGUCGACAAUUUCACGCCACUUCCGAGCAGAUAUAGACGCCACACAUACAGAUAUUCCUCUUAUAAUAUGUGGCUUCGUUGGUGGCUUGGUGGAUGGGCUGUCAUUUAACGCAUGGGGCAGCUUUUCCAGUAUGCAAACAGGAAAUACCAUCUUCUUAGCCUUGGGUGUUUCCGGCCAGCCAGCCUACCCAGCAUAUCUCUGGGCGAAGUCCCUAAUCGCCUUGAGCGUCUUCAUUGCCAGCAAUCUCCUCUUCAUUCACCUACAUCGACUCUUGAGCCCACGACGCCGCUCAACUAUGAUAAUCUCAUUUGGCAUUCAGACGAUUGCCCUUUUAGUGACAGCAAUUCUUAUCCAGCUGGAAAUCAUCACCCCAAAACCCGAAGACCCCCGGGCUCCGAUCGAAUGGAUGCAAGUCCUGCCGAUUACACUUUUAGCAUUCCAAGCAGCAGGCCAGAUCUGUGCUUCCCGCGUCCUGUCCCUAGAUGAAAUCCCAACUGUUGUUGUGACAGCUAUGCUGUGCGAUCUGCUUGUCGAUCCAAAGCUGACUGCAAAGUUAAAUCCAAAGCGCAACCGUCGGGUGGGGUCUUUCCUUGCAUUGUUUUUGGGCGCCAUGACUGCAGGUGGGCUUUCUAAGACCACGGGUAUGGCGUCUAGUAUAUGGCUUGCCAUGUGUCUGAAAUUGACUGUCACCUUCGGGUGGGUUGUUUGGCAGCAAGAGGGAAGGAGAAAGAGCGAUUUGGAUGUUUGA